GUUUUGCCAACGAAGAAAUUUUAGCGCUCACAGUAAGGUUCAUCGGCAGACACCGUUCCACGGAUGCCGUGAUUGUGACAAACAGUUUCUCAACACCACAGAGCUGGAUAACCAUAGAGCUACCGUUCACAACGAUCGACGAUACAAAUGUACGAUCUGUGACAAACUCUGCAAUAGCAGAUCGAACUUGGUGGAACAUCUGAAAGUUCACACUGGCGGGACUCGGCUCAAAUGUCACAUUUGCGAGCGGAGCUUUGCAAGGAAAUCAAGUCUUAAUUCACAUAUAAAAACAAUGCAUGCUUGAGAUAAAUUUCUGUAAUGUGAAAUGACCGUAUAAACUAAAUUUAGCAAAGAAAAAACCUAUUUUUGUUUCACAAGGAAGAAUAGCAGUAAUAGUUAUUGAUUGAUGGGCUGGUCGUCAAUAAGAAAAUUGAUUAGGAACACCAUAAUUAUAAUUUUAUUAUUAGAAAAUUAAACGUAGUAUCUUAACGAACGUCUGUUCACGAUUGAAAAACAAAUGCACUCGCUUCGGUGUCUAUGUACGCCACUUUCUCUACCAGUUUGUGGUGUUGGCAGCGCUCACUCCCUUACCGUUUUAGCUAAGAUGAUCCGAAUUGGUAUUCAGCCCUUCUUGAACUGAAAAUAACCUUAAUGCAGCGUGGUAUCAGGUUCAAAUUACCAAAAAAAAAAUAUUGUGGACAGGUUCAACGUGAAAUGCCAAAUAAUGCCAGGCGAGAACAACCUAGGAUAAGAGCCGAAUGCUAGCAGCGGCUACAUAUCAGAACAGGGUACGGUAUAUUGAGCAAAGGAAAAAAAAUCUUCGUCACUGAGUAAAGAAAUGAGAAAAAGUUCUCUCGGAGAGAGGGAGAAGUUUUACCAGGAACUACGCGUAAAAGUAUUACAAGCUUUCACCCGUAUGAUAUAGAUUCCCCAUUACCGAAUAUGGUCGGGUUGAGAAUCCUUGGACAGAUCGUGCAGGAGUAGUUGCCAGACGCAUUUCGAGUUGUUGUUGAGCGGGCAAUCGAGGAAGGAACAUUCAGAUACAGGAUUGAGGAUUAUGAAAACUCUGUGCAUCCAUCCUCGCCAGAAGAUGUGGCAGAUACUAGGGCAGAUAUUGUAGUAAAAUAAAAUCAUAUAGAAUAAAAAAAGCGGAAUGUGCUUCCUAACCAUCAUUGGAUUUCGGUUUUUUUCGUAGAUAUAUGACAGAGUUUAGUGCUGAUGGAAAACGGCGUGAUACAGACGCGAACAAUGGGAAAAUGUUUGGUAUCUAGAUGAUACUUUGGAAACUAUAGAGCCACUCGGACGACGAGCCGGAUCGUGAUGGUACCGGUCUCGGCAAGCCCACCAAAUGCGAUAUUUGCGGUCGACAACUCGCUACACUAGGCCACUUAAAACGGCACAUGCGAACCGUCCACACCGAAAACCCAGUCCACCGGUGCGAUAUUUGCGGGAAAGCCUUUCGGCGCAGUAAUUUACUCAAAAGGCACAGAAGAACGCAUACCGGCGAACGGCCGUUCCGUUGCGAAACGUGUGGCAAAGCUUUGGCAUGCGAACGUUCUCUGGCCAGACAUAUGAAAUUACAUACUGGAAAUCACAGCUACAAGUGCGAUGUUUGUGGCAAAGGAUACAGUUUGAUGUGUACGUUUAUGGACCAUGUGAGAUCCCAUACAGGCGAGCGCCCGUUCGAAUGUGACAUAUGCGGUAAAGGGUUUGGUAGCAAGACCCUCCUGCGACUGCAUACGCUAAGACAUACAACAAUGGGCAUGUUCAAGUGCGAUAUUUGUGGCAAACGAUUUGCUACUAGAAGCAUCCUUGUGGGUCACGAAAAAUACCAUAGUAUCGAGCGCCCACACACAUGUGACAUAUGUGGCAAAACCUUCAAACAUAUAUAUGCGCUACGUUAUCACAGUGGAGUGCAUAUGGCUGAACAUCCUUUCAAAUGUGACAUUUGUAGCAAAGGAUUUGCUUUUCUUAGGCAGCUCAACCAACAUCAGAGGAUUCAUAAUGAGGCACGUCUGCAUCGGUGUAAUGUUUGCAACAAAAAGUUCAGAUGUAAUGCUCUGCUUGUCCGACACAUGCGGUGUCAUACUGGUGAACGGCCAUAUAAAUGCGAAGUUUGCGGUUCUUCGUUUAGAGGUUCUAAUGGCCUGGUAGGGCACAUGAGAAUUCACUCAAACCUAGCAUCAAACCCGUUCGAAUGUGACAUAUGCGGAGCAACCUUCAGCCAACGAAGAAAUCUUAGCGCUCACAGUAAGGUUCAUCAGCAGACACCGUUCCAUGAAUGCUCUAAUUGUGACAAACAAUUUCUUACCACUAGGGAGCUGGAUAGGCAUAGAAUUACCAUUCACAAUGAUCGGCCGUACAAAUGUACGAUCUGUGACAAAACUGCCACCACAAUGUCCAACUUGCGGCAACAUCUGAAAGUGCACACAGGCGUGCCUCGGCUUAAAUGUCACAAUUGCGAGCAGACCUUUACUAGGAAAGCAAAACUUAAGAAACAUGUGGAAGAAAUGCACGCUCAAGAUAAGUCCCUGUAA